AAGGAUGCUUUGAUUUUUGCGCAGUUUUCGUGCGGUUUUCGGAGCUACAGGACGCAGCAGCGGCAGCAACAGCAGCAGCAGCAGCAGCAGCAUACACCGAGAACAGCACCCAAAGAGGCAGCGUGAUAAAGGAUAGCAGAGGAGUUGUGGUUUUUUCCAGUGUGUCCGUGCGAGAAACAAUCCAAAAACAAUCGAAUUUUGUGCGAAAAAGCAUAAUAAGCAAAAGGCAUAACAAAAAGCCACAAAAGCCUGUGCGAAGGUGACAAAAAGUUAAAAAAAAGGGCAGGUGGCCGGGCCCUAGAGCUCUGCAAGGACCCGUGGAUUACCUUGCGGGGCAAGCGGAAGCAGCCAACGGAUUCGCCGGCGGGCGGAACUCCGGCAGUUGCUGAAGCGCAAAGGAAGCAAAGUCUGAUCAGACUCUGUGGACGACUAAGCAGCAGCAGCAGAGACUGCAAGCAGUCAUCGUCAACAUUCGCCUCCCAUUAAGUGCCAAGAGCAACAGAGAGAGGGGAGGGCAGAGCUUCACGAAGGAGGCGUAGGAGGAGAACAAGAUAUUUGUAAGCCAAAAAAAGACAACGAGGCUGGCGCUAGCCCCAGGGCAGCAGAAGAGCAGCACCGCACCCAGUAACUGUUCAAGCGACAGCGACGCGGCGCUGCAGCGGCGACAGAGCAAUUGAGCGAAACCAGCAACAGCUGCAGCGACGCUUGCGGGAGGGGCACGCGCACGCUCACUGAUGGCAGAGAAGAUGCUCAAGAUGAUGAUGAUGAUGCCAGUCAGCCUCAAGAGCCACAACACAAUGCCAAGUGCCAACAACAACAGCAGCAGCAGCUACAGCUACAGCAAGCAGAGCGAAAGGGAAAAUUAAGUGCCAAAGGCAAGAAGAGCCAACAGAUUUUCACCAGCAAAGCAAACUCAAAACUAAAUUUACAUAACAAAACAAGACAGGAAGAAGCAGCAGCAGCAGCAGCAGCAGCAGCAGCGAAGAGUGCAAAAUAAGCAGUGGGAGAAGCAGUACGAAAAGCAGUUGGAUAAGCAGUGCAAGCAGAAGCCAGAAGCAGCAGCAGAAGAGUUCGCGGUAACCGCAGCAGCAUGUCAACUGCACUGGGCAGCGGCAGCAGAGGGCGUGGCACUCAGUGUAGCACCCUGUGGGUGUUGCUACUGCUGGCCACAACCGUCCUCAGUAGCAGAGCAGCGCCAGGAAACACCAAACCACCACCAGCCAGUGGCACCACCAAGACACCACUUGCGGGCAAUGCAACAACCGAAAGAGAACCACCAACAAAAGCCGAGAGCGAUGACCACCUAAUACAGCCACCACAGGCGGUGGUGCAGCUGCUCGACUUGGAGCACACAGAGGCCCCGCCCAUGAACAGUGGACACGAUGGCCUCAAGUUGACAAGAAAGAAGCAGCUGCAGCAGCAACAUUUCCCCACACCACCAGCAGCAACCACUUCACCCACCGUGGAAACAAGAACCCGAGCCAGCAGCACCACCAGAACCACCAGAACCACCAUAACAACAACAACGGCCACAACUGCAAUUGAAUCGGAAAUGGAAAGGAUUCCAAUACCAACAGGCAGCAGCCCGGGCACAACCAAGCCUCUGCUGCCCGUGCACAAUGGAUACCUGGGUCCGAUAUUCAUGGGUGAGAAAACAUUUGCUGCGGUGCAUCCGCUGAAGAAGCCGCAGGCGCCGAACCACCUGCACGUGGCAUCGAUCGAGUCGCAGCUGCGCAACGGACGCCUCGUGGAGAUCCUGGCCCCAACGUCGCUGCUCGAGCAGCAGACAGAGAGAACAGAGAGCAGCAGCAGCAGCAGCACCACCACAGCCACACCCGAUUCAGCCUCGAUUUCGGUGCUUUCGAGCACUGUUUUCCAGGUGCCAGAGCCGUUGACGAGCACCACCCGCCUGCCCCUGAGCAGUGGCCCGGAGCUGUCGGGCCCAGCGCCACCGCGCACCGAAUCCAAGAUCUCGGACAUACAGAUCGAGGUGUAUGACUCCACAGUGGACUCGAUUGUGGCUUCCACGAACUUCCGCGACAACGAGGGCUACUAUCCGCCGCCAGUGGAGUCGGGCACCACCCGGCCACCGCGACCACCGCGACCACCAGUGGGCCCGCCCCAGGAGCGCUUCACGCAGUAUGUGAUCGAUCGAGCCGAUGUCUCCACUCAGCCCGCCUCGAGUGGCUCGCUGCUGGGCAAGCCCGAGCCAGCGGCCAUCGAGAUCCACAUCAAUGUGUCCGAGGCGUUUGGCAGCGAGAGCGAGGAUCUGGAGUUCUCGUACCGCCAGCCGCAGCUGAAGCCGAGCAAGCCCAGCGACGAGAUUCUCGUCGUGGAGAUCAUCGACAACGGCAACGGGGACAACAGCAGCACGGAGAGUUCAUCGAGUGGCGAGCACAUCAAUCCGAUAUUCACCUUCCGUUCGGAUGCGGUGGCCAAUCCUCCGCCCGCGGUGCGACCGCCCCAGCUCCAGGAUGCGGAUGAGCUCUUCAUGGCGGAUCUGAAAGAGGGCGAGGGUGUGCCACGGCCACCGCCACCGCCACCACCGCCGCCACCGCGCAAGCCCAGCAUCGAUCGCGACUCAGACACGAUCUUUUACAUAUCCAACACGGAGGUAAAGGUGGGCGAGUCCCUGCCCACGGGCACCCCUGCCAGCGAUCAGCAGCAGCGCAAGUUCCAGCUGGAGAAUCAGUUCUUCCCGGCCAGCUACGUGAUGGAUCAGCAGCAACAGCAGCAGCAGCAGCAGCAGCAGCAGCGAUCCUCCCUGGCAACACCUCGCUACGAGGAGGACAUCAUUCUCUCGCCUGUGCACAACACCGCCGACGCAUUGAAGAUCUUCCGCAGCACGGGUCCGAGUAGCGGCGAUGGAGCACCACCGCUGGACGUCACCUAUGUAGGCGAGUCGGUGAUCGAGGUGGAGCAGCAGCCGCAGAGUGCCAGCAGCACACAGGCGCCGCUCAGCCACUCACCCCAGUCGGACAUCAUCAUUCAGCCGGCCGUGCUGCCCGAUCUGGCGAUUGGUGUGCCCGUGAUCGGGGAGCUGCCACCGCAGAUCGAGCUGAAGGAGAUCGACUACAUGCCUGGGGAGCUGGGCGGAAUGGGCAUCUACGAGAAUGACAUUCAGAGCAACAGCAUCGGCAUUGGCGUCGACAGUGAUCCGGAUGUGAUCGAGAGCUCCAUCCAGUAUGGCGGCGACCUCAUCGAUGAUGGCGCAGGCGGCGGCUUCGAUGGCGUUGAGGGCUCCUAUCCCUUCGACAGCCCAGCCCAUCGUCAGCUGCAGGAUGGCGACGCCCCGAAUCACGGCCAGGAUCACCUGCCCCGCCACUCGCCUGCCAGUCAUCUGCACCGCGAACAGCUGCCCAUGGCGGAGCUGGUGAAUGCCACUCUGCUGCAGCACAAUGAGAACGGCUCGGCUGGCGAGUCUGGCUCUGGCAGCGUCUCGGCCAUGGCACCGCUCCUCUCCAGCGGCGCUGGCAGCCUCCAGGCACUGGGCAAUGCCACAGCCCUAUCCGAUGACACGCUCGAUGACUUUGAGAGCUAUCUCAAUCUGUUUGCCGUCUCCAUGGGUCUCAUCAUUGUCGUUCUACCCUCGGGCCUGCUCAUCUCCAUGUACUGUGCCAUUCGUUACAUGCUGAACAAAAACUCGAGGAAGGGACUCUGCGGCGCCCAUAGCGAUGACAGCGAGCAGGGCACGGACUCCAAGAAUGAGGACAUCUCAAGAAACGCGCGAGAGACCAAGAUGCACACGGACAAGGAUGGAGUGUUUGUGGUGGAAGUGGCACGUGGCAUCGACUCCAAGCAGACGGCAGACAUCCCCGGAUCAGCGCUCGAGACCACCGAGCUGCCCUUCGACACGAAGCUGCAGCAGGCCAAUGGACUGCACAUCCUGGACGAACAGAGUCUGCCGCCCAGCCACGAACAGGUGCAGAUCCAUGCUCCACCCAGCGAUUUCAGCAAUCCCAUCUUGCCGCCGGUCAAUCCCACCUCGGGUGGGCUCCAUCUCAUCGAGGAGGCGGAGGAGCAGCUGCUGGAGGAGGCUGCCAGGCCACAGCAGGAGGAUGCCCCUGCCGAUCUCGCACAAACAGGACUCUCCCAGUCGGAUCUCAGCUCCACCUCGUCGACCGACUCCAACAAGCGCUACUCCUACGGCAACCAGGAGCUGUAUGUCAUCGAGCAGUCCGGAUAUGCCACCAGCUCCCCCACAGCCCAACCGAUUCUGCCCACCAUCAAGCCAAAGGAGCAGCUCGAGGAGGCGGCAGACUCAGAGCAGCAGAAGGAAGCGGAGCUCAAGCCUGAACCAGAGCCAGAACCAGAGCCGCAGCUCGAGCUGAAGACAGAAGCCAAGCCGGAGGAGGAACAGCAAGCCGAACCGGAACCGGAACCGGAGCCAGAAAGCGUCACCGAAAUGGAACCCGACAACACCUACGACAGCCUGAUGAGUCUGCCUGCACCACCAUCCACCGAGGAGAUCAAGGAGCUGAAUGAUUUCUCGCUGCUGGAGUCGAAUCAGUUGGACUCGCUGCCCCCACCGCCACCACCACCGCUGGCCGAGGCAGAGCCGCAGAAGAAGGAGCCAGAGAAGGACCUGAAAUCGCAGGCCCUCAUCAGCCCUGGACAUGGUAAUGGGAACGGCAUGAGCAAGGUGUCCGCUGGAGUUGCCGAGGAGCCGCCGGCCACACUAACGCCGCCCGCCUCGCCACCACAGACGCCACAGUCCCCGAACACGGGCGGCUCCACCAUCUAUGGCUCCACCAAUGGCCUGCCCAAUGGCCAUCAUGCCCUGGCCGCGGUCGUCGAUGUAAAUGGCAGUUAAGAAAGGCCAGGUAAGAGCAAAACAUGAUCCAGAGCUGAAGAUGCACAUCCCAGAGAGGAGCGAAAGUUCUUCUUUCUUUUUUUUUCGCAUCAGAACUCCUAGAGCUAGGGUGUAAGAAGAAACCACUAGAAAUACAAGCCCAAAGCCCCAAAUGGGAUUCAAAAUACAAUA